CAUUCCCUCCGUGUGUCCCCCAGUUUUUCCGGGUCCCCCCAUCCCCCCUUUUCCCGCUCCUCCCUCCCUAUGGACUUUGUCCCCAACGUGGCUGAGCUCUCCUCUCCCUCUCCAGCUCAGAGGGAUCCCCCAUUCCCACAGCGGUUUUGGGCUCAAUCCUUUGGGGGUGUCCCUUUUCGGAGUUGGGGGGGGGAAGAAUCCCUUCCAGUGGUUGAGAGGGAACCACACAACGAUGGCGGAGAUGAUCCAAUUGGACCAUCCUGGCUCGGACGUGGCGGAUGCCGAAGCGUUCCUGCUGGAAGCCCUCCAAAUCCUCUUGGAUGAGGGUGUGCGGAAGGGCACCGACGCCACCCAAAAGGUGUGUGAGUGGAAAGAGCCGGAGGAGCUGCGGGAGCUGCUGGGCCUGGAGCUGCGCGACCAUGGCGAGAGCCGCCAGAGCCUCCUGCGCCGCUGCCGCCUCGUCCUGCGCUACAGCGUCAAGACCGGUCACCCCCGAUUCUUCAACCAACUCUUCUCGGGUUUGGAUCUCUUCGCGCUCACCGGACGUUUCAUCACAGAGACCCUCAACACCAGCCAGGCCACCUAUGAGAUCGCUCCGGUGUUUGUGCUGAUGGAGGAGGUCCUUCUGGCCAAGCUGAGGGAGAUGGUGGGAUGGAGCGAUGGAGAUGGCAUCUUCGCCCCCGGAGGCUCCUUCUCCAACUUUUACGCCAUCAACGUCGCGCGGUUCCGGCGCUUUCCGCAGAGCCGCCGGACGGGCAGUUGGGCUCUGCCGCGCUUGGUCCUCUUCGCGUCCCAGGAGAGCCACUACUCCAUCCAGAAGGGCGCCGCCUUCCUCGGCAUCGGCACCGACAACGUCCGCCUGGUCGGCACCGACGCCAGGUUGGGGGGCGGCGCUGGGGACCCCGCGGCCCUCCCCGUCCCCGCGGCCACCUCCCUUUGUCCCCGUCCCCCAGGGGGAAGAUGGUCCCCGAGGAGCUGGAGAAGGAGAUCCAGAGGGCGAAAGCCGAGUGGCACCACCGUUCUGGGCGCCUUCGACCCGUUGGGCGCCAUUGCCGACAUCUGCCAACGCCACAACCUCUGGUUGCACGUAGACGCGGCGUGGGGUGGCAGCGCCCUUCUCUCCGGAAAACACCGACACCUCCUGGAUGGCAUCGAGAGGGCGGACUCGGUGGCCUGGAACCCCCACAAGAUGCUGACAGUGGGGCAGCAGUGCUCGGCAUUCCUGCUCCGAGACUCCUCGGGUCUCCUCCAGCGCUGUCACGGCACGGGCGCCACGUAUCUCUUCCAACGGGAUAAGUUCUACGAUGUCACCUACGACACCGGAGACAAAACCCCACAGUGCGGCCGUCGCGUGGACUGUCUCAAACUUUGGCUCCUCUGGAAAGCCAUCGGCACCCAAGGACUCGCCCGGAGGGUGGAACGAGCCUUCGCCUUCACCCGGUAUUUGGCCGAGGAGAUGAAGAGGAGGGACGGCUUCCGGUUGGUGUUGGAGCCCGAGUUCAUCAACCUCUGCUUCUGGUUCGUCCCUCCCAGUUUGCGCGGACGGGAAGAUGACCCCCAGUACUGGUCCAAACUGGGAAAGGUGGCUCCGGUCAUCAAAGAGCGGAUGAUGAAGAAGGGCUCCAUGUUGGUGGGGUAUCAACCCCAUGGCCCUCACGUCAACUUCUUCCGCCAAGUGGUCACCAACCCUGUGGUCACCAGAGCCGACCUGGACUUCUUCCUCGAUGAGAUCGAGAGGCUCGGGGAGGACCUGGGGGGGACCCCCCACCCCCCACCCCACCCAGAACCCUCCUCAGACCCAUAACUGGUCCCAUCUCCACCCAGAACCCUCCUCAGACCCAUAACUCGUCCCAUCUCCACUCAGAACCCUCCUCAGACCCAUAACUGGUCCCACCUCCAUCUGGAAUCCUUCAUAGCCCCACAACCACCCUACACUCCAUCUGGAAUCCUCCUCAGCCCCAUAACUCGUCCCAUCUCCGCUCGGAACCCUCCUCAGCCCCAUAACUGGUCCCAUCUCCACUCAGAACCCUCCUCAGCCCCAUAGCUCGUCCCAUCUCCAUCUGUAAUCCUUCGUAGCUCCACAACCACCCUACACUCCACCUGGAAUCAUUUCCAGACCCAUAACUCAUCCCAUCUCCACCGAGAACCCUCCUCAGCCCCAUAACUCGUCCCACCUCCACCUGGAACCCUUCGUAGCCCCACAACCACCCCACACUCCAUCUGGAACCCUCCUCAGCCCCAUAACUCGUUCCAUCUCCACCCAGAACCCUCCCCAGACCCAUAACUGGUCCCAUCUCCACCCAGAACCCUCCCCAGACCCAUAACUCGUCCCAUCUCCACUCAGAACCCUCCUCAGCCCCAUAACUCGUCCCACCUCCACCUGGAACCCUUCGCAGCCCCACAACCACCCCACCCUCCCCCUGGAAGCCCUUCCCAGCCUGGAGGAACCGGAGCAG